CUAGCUACUAACUAGUGACAUUUUGCCGCCCAAUGAUGUGGGUGUACUCAGUAUGUAGCCCUGCCCGCAUUUGUCAGUCCCCUCCGCUCCCAAAACAAGGAAAAGUAUUGAUAUACAAAUACUUUCUUUAUCAGCACUUUUAAAUUUUACUUUGCCACUCGAAUUGCUCGACUGAAUUAGCAAUACCGCGUGCACACGGAGACAGUCACUACUGGAGCGCUGGAUUAUAACGUUAGUUGUUUUAUUUACAACUGCAUCUCAUCCAGUAUGUCAAAAAUGGGGAACUUUAUCGAAGCCUAUUAAUCGAAAUCCACUUGAUUAAUACCGCCGAGUGAUCAAAAGGCACGUUUGUCGUGGUUUGCGUACUUGACUGACAACAAAAGGCCGGUUCUCUUCAUUGAUCGGUCCGAGGGUGAGAAUGGGGCAUCCUCCACUAGAGUUCAGCGAUUGUUACUCCGACAGUCCGGAUUUCAGAGAGAGAUUGAAAUGCUACGAAAACGAGCUGGAAAAAACCAACAAGUUCCUAAAGGAUGUCAUUAAGGACGGGAACAAUGUGAUCAACGCGAUUAAAGAGUACUCGCUAGGUGUGCAGAAGUUCUCUCAGACCCUUCAGUCGUUCCAGUUCGAUUUCAUCGGUGACACUCUGACUGAUGAUGAGAUAAACAUUGCUGAGUCAUUUCGAGAGUUUGCUGGUUUGCUACAGGACGUGGAAGAGGGUCGAAUGAUGCUGGUCCAGAAUGCCUGUGACUUGCUUAUCAAACCUUUGGAAAAGUUUAGGAAACAGCAGAUUGGGGUCACAAAAGAGAGAAGAAAGAAGUUUGAGAAGGAGAGUGAGAAGUAUUACUCUCAGUUGGACAGACAUAUGAACCUGUCCUCAAAGAAAAAAGAGACACAGCUACAAGAGGCUGAUGGACUGUUGGAUAAGGAGCGUCAGGCAUUUUAUGAGUCGUCUGUUGAAUAUGUGUACCAGAUCCAGCAGGUUCAGGACAGGAAAAAGUUUGAUGUUGUGGAGCCUGUUUUAGCAUUUCUGCAGAGCAUCCUAACUCUGAAUAAUUUCACCGUGGAGAUGACACAGGACUUCCUUCCAUAUAAACAGGAGCUUCAGCUCAGUCUACAGAACACCCGUAACCACUUUGAGAGCACCAGAGAGGAGAUGGAGGAGCUAAUGAAGAGGAUGAAGGGGUCGGCACAGAUCUGUAUUAGACACAGCCAGCAGGCAACUAUGGAGGGAUACAUUUAUGUGCAGGAGAAAUGGGCUCUUGGUGUAACCUGGGUUAAGUAUUACUGUAAAUACUUCAAGGACAACAAGUUAUUCAUUAUGAUGCCAGUGGAACAAAAGACAGGAACCAGACAGACCACAGCUCAACUCACACUGAAGUCCUGUGUACGCCGUAAAACAGACUCCACUGAUAAACGCUUCUGUUUUGACAUCGAGACAAAUGAAAGGUGCAGCCCUGUCCUGCUCCAGGCUAUUUCUGAGGUCAACAGGAAGCAGUGGAUGGAGGCCAUGGAUGGCAAAGAACCGAUUUAUCAUUCUCCGAUUCAAAAGCAGGCAGAGAUGGACCUAAAUGACAUCGGCUUCAAGUUCGUCAGAAAAUGCAUCAACUUUGUGGAAACAAAAGGGCUGACUCAGGAAGGAGUCUACAGGACUGUGGGCAGCAACAUUCAAGUACAAAAAUUUCUGAAUGCCUUCUUUGACCCAAAGUGUGCAGCGGAUGUAGAUUUCAAUUCCACUGACAUGGACAUUAAGACCAUCACUAGUGCUUUGAAAUUCUAUCUGCGGAGUUUGAGUGAACCACUGAUGACCUACAGCCUGCAUGGAGAACUGAUCUUAGCAGCAAAGUCUGAGAAUCUGGACUAUCGGUUAGGGGCGAUUCACUCACUUGUUUACAAACUCCCAGAGCGGAACAGAGAGAUGCUGGAACUACUAAUCAAACACCUGGUCAGUGUUUGCAGCCACAGCAGUGAAAAUCUGAUGACCGUGUCAAAUAUGGGUGUAAUAUUUGGCCCCACUCUCAUGAGAGCAGAGGAGGAAACCGUAGCGGCCAUGCUGGAUAUUAAGUUCCAGAACAUCGUCAUGGAGAUCCUCAUUGAGGACUACUGCAAGAUCUUUAAGGGUCCUCCUGAAGAAACCAUACCGCCUCCUAUUCCUCCUCCAAGGGUGACGCCACGGAGACGGCAGCCAAUCACAAUCUCAAAACGCCCACCCCGUCUCUACCCCGGCCUUCAGCCUCCAGUUUUUGAGCGGCGAGAGCAAAAUGGUGCCACCCACAAUGAUGGUGAACCCGAGGGAGAUACCAGCCUCACCAGUCCGUUUCCUCAUCAAAGAACAAAACUGACACCUCCUUCUGUCUCUCCUCCAUCCAUCCCUCUCUCGUCUCCGACGUCUCGGAAGCCUGCUCACCCCAGACCUGCUCUCCGGCCCUUGGAUUCUGAUGUCAGCAGGCUUGAAGUUAGGAUACAGGAUGGUCAGAGGUCGGACGCCAUGGUGACGACCAAUGGGGAAUCAGGAGUGACAGUGAACCGAACUCAAUCUUUUCAAGGAAGGAGGCCACCACUCAGAGGAACAACUGGAGAGGCUCAGGGGCUGAAAGGACAAUCUUUCUCAGAGAAGAGUUCCAUCUGCCGGCCACCAAGUCGACCACCAGAUCCACCCUCUCGUCUCCUCAAUAAAACUCCAAAUGAAGACACCCCAGCCUCAUAUGUCGCCUCCAAAACCAAAUUUUUUGAGAACGCUUCGAGGCAGGUGGGGAGCUCCUCUCCGAAUGUCUCACCUGCAGCUUCUAGAGAUGAGAACACGAAGUAAGAACUUCCUUUCAGACACAACUUGUGGAUUGAUGUCUUGUGGACCAAUUAACGCACAUCAGUGGUCAAGAGAGCACAGGCCAGCGUCUGGUCAUGGUUUUGAGAGAUAAAUUAUUAACACUUCUUGACUUCAGUUUUCUUUUUUUUUGUGAAUGAAUCGGAAAGGGUACUGUUUUUUUUUUUUUUUUUGUGAUAUGCUGCCAAUUUCUGCACUUGCUUACUUUGCUGUAAAACAAAGUCUUUGAUUCUUGCUUGGAUCAAAGAACAAAAAGAAAGCAUUGAACCUUUUUUUUCUUUCUUAAACAUUUUGACCUUCCUGCGCACAACAGGGAGAACUCCCUCCUGUUCUCUCAUUGUGUCCCUCCGUAUCUCCCCUUUUCUGUGACCUACUUAAGAGACGGAUAAGACGUAAGGUUCGAUGGUUUCACUCUACAGAACAGAAACACUACAGAUGAUAGAAGGUGGUACAGCCCAGAUGUAUUAAAUAAUAUUCUGAAUCAACACUAAUCAGUAUUUAAUUACGCAGAAGCUGAACAUGCUGUUAUUAUCUCAGUAAUUAGUAACUGGAAGGAGAUGAAUGACCUGGGUGCUGGUUUUAAAUGUUUUUGACAAGCAGAGUGGUUACUGUAAUAGCAAAGCGUUUCUCCUUUUAUCUGGUGGGACACACUAGUGGUGUUCCUACAAAAAAAAAACAAAAAGGGAUCGAGGAACUUUUGUUACUUCAACUAGUUCACAGAGCAAAGUAUGCUUCAAUACGCUUUUCUCUCCCUCUUUCUUCCUUUAUAAAUUAUCAGUUGACCUUACUGAUAUAGAGGUCCGUUUCGGUAUUUAGCUUGACCGGAUCUUUAAGUCUCAAACUUUGACUGAAAUAUGAGCCUUUAUCAGUUUCUUUGGUCAGUGUGAAUCUUAAAUGUGAAAGCUAAAAAUUUUAAGUCUCAUUCUCACUUUCACAUAACUUGUAAAUGUGGAAAUAAGAAAAAAAAAAAAGGACGUCAAUAUGUUUUUGGUACUUCAGAUUCAAUAAGGUUGAAAUUUUUGGGCACUUUAUGGGGGUUUGGCAUGAACUCGGUUUUAGAUUUGAAGCAGACUGGAGCGCAUUCAUUCUUAUGUAAUAUUAUUAUCAUAAAGCUUCAAAUUUCCAGUUGACAUUUUAUGUAUUUUUUGUAAAUAUUUUGUUGUUUUUCAAGCUGGUCGUCAACUCUUGAAAACCUAACAGUCACUAAACCUUGUUUUUUUUGUUUUG